CCUAUUAAAUGCACGCCAGUAAACAUCCCAUGAGAUCAAAACAGCUUGGCAUCCACAGGAGCUUGAAGGAGAAAAUAAUCUACGGCCGCCACCUCAAUGAGUUUUCGGGCACUGUAAUAUCUGCACAGCAGCAAUGGAGUUCAUGGCGCAAGCCGCACUCGUCCACCUCUCCGCAGAGAUGCCACUCCUUUCAGCCCCUUGCUUCCUCCGCUCCUCCAUGUUUUCUAAUAUUUCAACUUUCAGUAAACCCAGAAAUUCCACAUCAUACUCCUCCGGCUCUGGCGCUGGCGCCACCUGCCGCGUGAGUAGAUGGGCCGAACGCCUUCUGGGAGACUUUCAAUUUAACCCUAACCCCGCCGAGUCGACCUCACCUUCGUCUUCUUCGGCUGUAGCCGACCCUCCUGGCCUCUCCCACUUGCCCACCGCUGCCGACCACACUAUCCCCCUUCCGAUCGAUUUCUACCAGGUUCUUGGCGCGGAGACGCAUUUCUUGGCUGAUGGAAUCCGAAGGGCAUAUGAAGCUAGGGUUUCAAAGCCUUCCCAGUAUGGAUUUAGCCAAGAGGCCCUUAUUGGUCGGCGGCAGAUACUCCAGGCUGCAUGUGAUACUCUUUCAAACCCCAGUUCCAGGAGCGACUAUAACCGGGGCCUCACAGGGGAUCUCGGUUCCACUCUUACCAUUCACGUCCCCUUGGAUAAGGUUCCAGGGGCUCUGUGUCUACUUCAAGAGGCUGGUGAGGCAGAGACAAUCCUUGAAGUUGGUGGUAUUCUUUUGCGUGAAUGGUUACCUAAGCCCUUUAAGCAGGAUGUGGUGCUGGCUAUGGUCCUUGCAUAUGUGGACUUGUCGAGGGAUGCUAUGGCUCUAAAUCCACCAGAUUUCAUGGGUUGUCGUGAGCUUCUUCAGCAAGCAUUAAAACUACUGCAGGAGGAAGGGGCUAGCAACCUUGCUCGUGACCUGCUGGUACAAAUUGAUGAGACGUUGGAAGAGAUAUCUCCUCGUUGUGCUAUUGAACUUUUAGCUUUGCCCCUUGAUGAAGAACACGUUAUAAAAAGACAAGAUGGUCUGCAUAGUGUACGCAGUAUAUUGUGGACGGUUGGUAAAGGAGGUGCUGCAGUAAUAGGAGGAGGAUUCACACGCGAAGAUUUCAUGAAUGAAGCAUUUGUACAUAUGACGGCUUCGGAACAGAUAGAUUUGUUUGCUGCGACACCAAGUGAUAUACCAGCAGAGAGCUUUGAAGUGUACAAUGUGGCCUUAGCUUUAGUAGCACAUGCCAUUGUGGGCAAAAAGGCCCAUCUUAUUAAAGAUGCUGGCAAUUUAUUUCAACAACUCCAGCAGUCCAAAGUUACCUCCUUAGGUUCUAAUAGUGAAUACACCAUGAAAGCAGACCGAGAUGUAGACUUUGCCCUGGAAAGGGGUCUCUGCUCACUGCUUUUGGGAGAACUUGAUGAGUGCUACUCAUGGUUGGGCAUUGACGAUACGAGUUCGCCUUAUAGGAAUCAGGAUAUCGUAGAUUUCAUCAUGAGCAAUUUGAAUGUUGGCAAAGAUCAUGAUUUUCUUCCUGGACUUUGCAAAUUGUUGGAGACAUGGCUUAUUGAGGUUGUUUUUUCAAGAUUUAGAGAUACUCAAGGUGUACAGUUUAGGCUCAGGGAUUACUAUGAUGACCCCACUGUGCUGCGAUAUUUAGAAAAGAUGGAAGGAGGCGGGGCUUCACCUUUAGCAGCUGCUGCUUCCAUUGUAAAAAUUGGCGCCGAAGCUACAGCUGUAUUUGGUAAUGUAAAAUCAAAUGUAGUUGAUGCAUUACAGAAAGUGUUUCCAUUGACUAAGAGGGAAGGAAGAAAUAGCAUUGAGGUUUCCGCUGGUGUACAUAAUUCUAAGUUUGAAGUAGGAAUUGAAGAGCCCGGAAUUAGUAUCUAUCAAUAUGUUAAAGAAAAUAAGAAUGAGGCUUAUGAGAAACCCAAUUCUGAAUCUUCCAAUGAGCAAGAUUAUACGUACAUGAUAAAGGAAGCAAGCAUUAAGAUUAUGUGUGCUGGAAUAGCAGUUGGCAUACUGACAGUUGCUGCUCUUAGAUAUUUACCAAGGAGAAAUUUGUCGCCUGGUUCAAUAAAAGAAGUUGGAUCAGAAAUGGCGGCAAAUGCAGUUCUUUCUGUUGCUACUGCAAUUCAGAAUGUUGAAAAGGAGUUACCCAAAAUGGAUGCAAGAUAUGCUGAAACCCUACUCCGCAAGUGGCAAAAUGUCAAAUCUCAAGCCUUGGGUCCUCAUCACCGUGUUGGGAAACUCCCAGAGGUUCUAGAAGACCGAAUGCUGGAGAUAUGGAAGGACCGUGCUGCUGAAGUUGCCCGAAAAGGCUGGUUUUGGGAGUACACUCUACAGGACCUGACCAUCGAUAGUGUUACUAUUUCAUUGGAUGGUCGUCGAGCCGUUGUCGAAGCUACGAUCAACGAAGCAGCGAGAUUGAUAGAUGCUGCUCGGUCCGAGCACAAAGACUCGUACAACACAACCUAUACGACUCGGUACGAGCUGGUUUGCUUCGAAUCGGGCUGGAAGAUAACUGAAGGAGCAGUUCUCAAACCAUAGAUUACAUCUGUGAGUUUAACAGAUUUUUCUCCAUUUUUGGGCAUUUUAGAAUUAUUGUUCUUUCAUGACCGUUAGUGCUGGUCAUUUAAUGAUAGUACUUGUGUUUAUUAGGCUGUUUACAGUAGUGUGGUUCUAUUUAUUUUCUUUUGUUUUGAUAUUUGAUGUAUUUUCUAUUUGAAGAUAACUGGAGCAGCAGUUCUUGAACCUUUAGAUUGCAUCUGUAGAGAAGUCUGAUUACAUACAUUCCACCCAAUUCCUAUCUAUUUACCUAUCU